CGGAGUAUCUCGGUCACAUCCGGGCUUUCAGCGGAUUCGUGAUAGCGCCGGAAGUAGACUGAGGAAGUGUUUUGCUGCAGGUGGGAGGAGUAAACAGGAACCUGCUGGCCGGGCAGAGUCUGGACCUGAGAAAAUGACUGCAAUCAAGCAUGCCUUACAGAGGGAUAUUUUCACUCCAAAUGAUGAACGUUUACUGAGCAUUGUAAAUGUUUGCAAAGCAGGGAAAAAGAAAAGGAACUGCUUUUUGUGUGCUACAGUGACAACUGAACGCCCAGUACAGGUGAAUGUGGUAAAGGUGAAAAAAUCUGAUAAGGGAGAUUUCUACAAGAGGCAAACGGCAUGGGCACUCCGAGAUCUUGCUGUCGUUGAUGCCAAGGAUGCUAUCAAAGAAAAUCCUGAAUUUGAUCUACAUUUUGAAAAGGUAUACAAAUGGGUUGCCAGCAGUACAGCAGAAAAGAACACUUUCAUUUCAUGUAUUUGGAAACUGAAUCAGCGGUAUCUUAGAAAAAAGAUUGACUUCAUAAAUGUUAGUUCUCAGCUUUUGGAAGAACUACCUAAAGUUGCAGAAGAAUCCGUUCCAAGUGGAGAAAAUCAGAAUGUGGCAGGAGGAGAUGAAGAAGUAGUGGAUGAAUAUCAAGAAUUAAAUGCAAGAGAGGAACAAGACAUUGAGAUAAUGAUGGAAGGCUGUGAAUAUGCCAUCUCUAAUGCAGAAGCCUUUGCAGAUAAGUUAUCCAGAGAGCUUCAAGUGUUAGAUGGGGCAAACAUCCAGUCAAUCAUGGCUUCUGAGAAACAAGUGAACAUCCUCAUGAAAUUGCUAGAUGAGGCUCUGAAAGAGGUGGAUCAAAUUGAACUGAAGCUAAGCAGUUAUGAGGAAAUGCUGCAGAGUGUAAAAGAACAAAUGGACCAGAUCUCAGAAAGCAACCAUCUUAUUCAUCUUAGUAACACUAACAACCUCAAAUUGCUGUCAGAGAUAGAGUUUAUUGUUAACCAUAUGGAUUUGGCAAAAGGUCACAUCAAGGCCCUCCAGGAAGGAGACCUCUCAUCCUCCCGGGGCAUUGAGGCCUGCACUAAUGCAGCGGAUGCUCUCUUACAAUGUAUGAAUGUAGCUCUUCAGCCAGGGCAUGAGAAGCUUCAUGCUGUCAAGCAACAGCAGCAGCGAUUUAGUGAUCUGCGUGAGCAGUUUGCUCGGAGACUGGCCAGUCAUUUGAACAAUGUAUUCGUUCAGCAGUUUACUGAGACCCUUCUCCAGCUCUAUAACAGGUCCUACUAUCUUUCAGUUCCUGGCCAUGACCAAAGUUCGACUCUUGCUCAGCACUCUGUCGAGUUGACGCUACCAAACCACCAUCCCUUUCACAGAGAUUUGCUUCGAUAUGCCAAACUUAUGGAGUGGUUAAAGAACACAGACUAUGGAAAGUAUGAUGGGUUAACAAAGAACUAUAUGGAUUAUUUAUCACGGCUGUAUGAAAGGGAAAUAAAGGAUUUCUUUGAAGUUGCCAAAAUUAAAAUGACAGGUGCAACCAAGGAAGGAAAGAAAUUUGCUACACUGCCUCGAAAAGAAAGUGCUGUCAAACAGGAAACUGAGAGCUUGUGGCAACAAUCGUCAUACUGCAUGGCUGGAGGCUACAGUGACCAGCUUUUCACGAAACUGGAAGCGCUACAGGAUGAAUCUCUAAAGUGUCAUGCUGCAGGUCUUCAUGGAAGCUCUGGAAAGCUGACGGGUUCAACUUCGAGCCUAAACAAAAUCUCAGUUCAGAGUUCAGGAAACCGCAGGUCUCAGUCAUCUUCUUUGCUUGAUAUGGGGAACAUGUCUGCAUCUGAUCUGGAUGUGGCUGAUAGAACUAAGUUUGAUAAGAUUUUUGAACAAGUCCUAAGUGAAAUGGAGCCUCUCUGUCUGGCAGAACAAGACUUCAUUAGUAAAUUCUUUAAACUUCAACAGCAUCUGAGCAUUCCUGGAACAGCAGUGGGGGAGGCAGAGGAGACUGAUGGGGGAGUUUCAUCAAGGAUGCACAGUACUGGUGGUCCACAAUCAGUAUCUUCAGAGAAUCACAUGAUCCGGCAAAUGAUGACAAAAAUAUUUCGCUGUGUUGAGCCAGAACUGAAUAACCUUAUUGCUCUGGGGGACAAGAUUGAUAGCUUUAAUUCCCUUUAUAUGCUAGUGAAAAUGAGUCACCAUGUAUGGACAGCACAAAACGUAGAUCCAACUUCCUUCCUCAGUACAACACUUGGAAAUGUUUUAGUGACAGUCAAAAGGAAUUUUGACAAAUGCAUUAGUAACCAAAUAAAACAGAUGGAAGAUGUAAAGAUAUCCAAAAAGAGUAAAGUUGGAAUUCUUCCUUUUGUUGCUGAAUUUGAAGAGUUUGCAGCACUUGCUGAAUCUAUUUUCAAAAAUGCUGAACGCAGAGGAGAUCUAGACAAAGCCUACCUGAAACUCAUUAGAGGUGUUUUCAAUAAUGUGGAGAAAGUUGCAAAUGAAAGCCAAAAGACACCCCGUGAUGUGGUAAUGAUGGAGAACUUUCACCAUAUCUUUGCAACAUUAUCUCGUUUAAAAAUCUCAUGUCUGGAGACUGAGAAAAAGGAAGCUAAACAGAAAUACACAGAUCAUCUGCAGUCAUAUGUCAUCUACUCUUUGGGACAGCCACUUGAGAAACUAAAUCACUUCUUUGAGGGCAUUGAAGCUCGUGUGGCACAAGGUGUGAGAGAAGAAGAAGUGAGCUACCAGUUGGCAUUCAAUAAACAAGAGCUAAGAAAAGUCAUAAAAGAGUAUCCUGGCAAGGAAGUGAAAAAGGGAUUGGACAAUCUCUACAAGAAGGUGGAUAAACAUCUGUGUGAAGAGGAAAACCUCCUUCAGGUGGUAUGGCAUUCUAUGCAAGAUGAGUUCAUACGCCAGUACAAGCACUUUGAAGGCUUAAUAGCACGUUGCUAUCCUGGAUCUGGAAUUACCAUGGAAUUCACUAUCCAGGACAUUUUAGACUACUUCUCCAGCAUUGCACAGUCUCACUAAUAUCUGCCAAGGAAGCAAGAUAAGCUACCACGUUUGCAGGGGAAAAUCUUUGACACUGGAAACUUCUUAUUUGGAGAGAAGGAAUUAUAAAGUUAUACAUAACUACUAUCAUGUGCAUAAACAGAGGUCCUAAGGAGAAAUGCUGCUUGCUUAAAAACAGUGUUGAAGCAUACAUUUUCUCAUGUAUUAAUCCUGCUACUUUUAUUUUGCAUUUUGAUAUAUUAGCUCUGUAUAUUUCUAAUACAUUUAAACUCCAUCUGCUUUCUUCAGUCUCCUGUAGUUCCUAGAAAUUAUGUAAGUUUUGAAAUUAUUGUAAAGGGCUUUCCCCCCAUGCAUUGAAGUGUGCUAAUAUAUGGAUCGAUGAGUGAUCCAAGUUCAUGUUCUUGAAAAUCAAUGUACAUGACUGUGGUUGUAAUACUUCUGAUCUUAAGUAAAAAUGAUGCUUACAAUGGA